AUGCCCACGAGCCGCGCCCGGAGGACGCUCGCGCUCGCGUCGGCGGCGCUCAUCGCGUCGCUCGCGUCCGGCCGCGCGCUCGCCGCCGGCGAGGACCGAGCGCUCUCGCCCCGAGGACGCGAGGAAACUAUCGGCCGCGUGCUGCUUGACCACGACGCCGACCGGUUCCGCGUUCUCGACGGCGGCGGCGCGCACAACGCCCUGAACUACGAUAAGCCCUUGGAGGACCAGGCGACCGCCACGACGUGCAACCCUCGCGACGACUUCGUCCGGACGAGCGGCGGCCAGUUCACGCUGGGCGGCGAAAGGUUCGUGUUUGCGGGGUGGAACCAGUGGGAGGUCCUCGAGGCCGCCUCCGACGCGCCGCCCCCGUUCCGCCACCUCCCCUUACCCGGCCGCGAGCACAUCGUCCGCGUGAUGAACGAGGCGGUCGACGCCGGGCUCAAGGUGGUUCGCAUGUGGGCGCACACGAUCACCCCCGGACACGCCGCGCAGACCUCACCCGGCGUCUGGAACGAGGAAAUCCUCGAGGGGAUGGAUUUCGUCCUCGACCAGGCGCGCCGACGCGGCUUGAAGAUCAUAUGGGCGCUCGCCGAUAACUGGUACCCGGUCGGGGGCGUGAUGCAGUACGUGGAGUGGUCACAAACCGCGAGUAGGCACCAGGACUUCUUCACCGACGAGUCCGCCAUAAAAAUCUUCGAGGCUACGUUCGACACCCUCGCUAACCGCGUCAACGUCUUCAACGGCGUCGCAUACAAAGAUGACGCGACGAUAUUCGCGUGGAACCUCGCUAACGAGGCGCGAUGUCAGGGUUGCGACGCGCGGGUCAUGCAGAGCUGGAUCGAGCGCGUGUGCGCAAAGUUCAAAUCCGCGGAUCCCAACCACCUCGUCGGCAUCGGAUACGAGGGCUUCUACCACGAGUCCUCCGGCGCUCGCAAGUUCCGCACCAACCCGGGCAAGGGCGGUUCUCGAUGGGCGGCGCGAGAGGGCCAAGACUUCGUUCGCAACGCACGGGCGGAGUGCGUCGACUACGUCGGCGUGCACGUGUGGCCCGACAACUGGAAUUACGACGGCGUCGAUAACCAAAGAGAGUACAUAUCGAGUCGUGUUCGAGACGCCGCGAACGAAGUCGGGAACAAACCGUUCCUAUUGGAAGAGUUCGGAUACAGCGUCACGGACCCGGACGAUACGUCGCAGGUGUACGCCAACGAAAAAGGGGGAAGGAACGCGCCCGUUCGUGACGCGUACUUUGCAUCCGCGUUUGACGUUGCGCUCGAAGCGGCGAAAGCCGGGAGGCUGUCGGGGACGUUGUUCUGGCACUGGUACGACAGGGGCGUGGGACCGGGAAAGUACGGCGUGCGGUCCGACGACUCCACGUUCGGGCUGAUCGUGGAGCACGCGGAGGCGAUGAACGCGAUAACCGGGGCGCCCAGGUCCUGCGCCGCGUGA